AUGAUAGAUCACGUUCUUGGGAGGCCAUCAACCAGGUCCCGCAAGGUACAAGUACUGGGCGUAUUUUUAUUUUGGUCGUACUACCUCUUCAGGGGAAACAAACAUGGUCCGCCCGUCAUCCGGAAGAUAUCAUCUCGUCUAUCUCAGAAGUUGAGUGUUUGGCAGACGACAGUCGUUGUCGUUCUCUGGCUCUAUUUCGCUCGGAAUUUCGCCAAAAUCGUAGGCCUCGAGAGCCCCGAACCUUUAGCGAACCUCUACUCCCGGCCCUACUUUCGCGCGACAUGGAUUACAACAGCGCUGGAUGCUGGCUUUUGGACUGCGAUGAAAGUGCGGCCAAAGUGGCUUCGAGACAUUGCGUCUUUGGUUUCAACGGUCUAUUACCUUUUUGCGGCCGAACAGGCUGAUGAUAAGGUCCGCCGUGUACGAGCAACAUUGACGGUGGAGCAUCUGCGGGUAUCAUGGAAUAAAGGAACUACACCUUAUCUCUGGGCACUUGCGAGUCUGGUACGUCCAAGGCUUACCAGAUACUUGCCCCGUGCUAUACGCAUACCUCGGCCGCGGCAAUCAAUCUACACUGAGCCGACAAGUGCGUGGUUGUACUUUGAUGGUCCGCUGAGCGCACUGAAGGAACAAACUUGCAUCGUCCUCGAUAUUCCUGGAGGCGGAUUUGUUUCCAUGACACCGCGGCACUCUGAAGAUCGAUUACUUGCGUGGGCUGGAAAGACCAAGCUCCCGAUUCUGAGUCUGAACUAUAAGAAAGCGCCAGAGUACCCGUAUCCGUACGCGUUAAAUGAAUGCUAUGAUGUCUAUCAUUCGAUAAUCACCACGCGUGGUCGUUGCUUAGGGCUAAGUGGGGAUGCGCCGCCUCGCAUCAUACUUACUGGUGACAGCGCUGGCGCCAAUCUUGCUAUUGGAACUACUCUAAUGGUGCUCCAAUCUGGUGAUCGAGGAGCAUCCCUUGGGCAAGGGAAAAGCUCUCUUCCAGGGCCAGAUGGAUUGGUACUUGCUUAUCCGGCGCUGAAUAUGAAGAUCGAGAGCUGGAUGACCGAAGAACAAAUGGCCCUGAUUCAAGAAAAAAGUACAAAUCGGAGCGUCGUGCACAGAAAGGACAUGGACUACAAGAGAUUGACGCCGUUUGCCUCUCCAGGCGCUUCGUCCGACGAUCUUCGACAGAAUUCCUACCUUUCUGAGCCAGACCUAGAGACAGGGACUCUGGUGGAAGAGACCGCGGGGCUGGCUUUAGAAAGGAAUGAGGAAGAUCUGGAUGAACAGACUGCUUAUCUUGCCAAUAAUCCACCAGAGAAAAUCCAAACCAGGCUCGCCGUAUCAUCGAUGAUUUCAUAUGUAAACGACAGGAUUCUGUCGCCAGAAAUGAUGAGAGCCAUGGUCAUCCUUUACGUCGGACCUUACAACCGUCCAGACUUCAACACAGACUAUUUACUGUCCCCGAUUCUUGCCCCUGAAGCGCUUCUCGCGCAAUUCCCCAAGACAUGCAUCCUCACAGGCGAGCGGGAUCCAUUGGUCGACGACACGGUAGUCUUUGCAGGACGGCUAAGGCAGGCCAAGUUGCGCCGAUUCCAGGAGCGGCAGGAGUUAGGCCUCGAGAAGUCGCACCGCACAUUCAAUGAGAAAGACCAUGUAGAGGUCUCGCUGAUCCCCGGUAUCUCUCACGGCUUCAUGCAGAUGGCUAGCUUCUUCCCUGACAGCUGGAAGCAUAUCAACCGGUGUGCAUCUUGGAUUCAGACGCUGGUCGAGAUGGCCGAUCUCAAGAAGUCACCUUCUGGUCUCAGCAAUAACACACUCUCCCACAAUCAUAUCUCAAAGACCGAUGUCGACCAUGCUCUUCUCCGUUACCACAAGCGCACACUGACCGGCGAGUCCUCCGCAGACGAAGACAAGCCGCUCGAAAUGAGCAUAGGCAAAAUGACCCCACUAACUCCUGCGGUGCGUAUUGGCAGCAACCCAGACCACAAUCACGAACAUGUCCCAAGUCCGGUAGUUGAGACGGAGACGGAGACGGAGACGGAAACCGAGCAACUACCAUCAAGUCGCGUCAGCCCUACCACCAGCACUAAGCCGGAUGAUCAAAAGAAACCUGGCGGGAGUAGGUUUCGAGGCCGACCCACACGAUCUAGGGGACUGGGCAGACGGCGACCAUUGGCACCAUACAAGAUUGACAUAACCCCCGAAUGGGCAUCCGAUCCUGUGAGUCCGACACGGCCACGAGAUUCCAGCUUGGCCAGUUUGCCGAGCGAGGAGGAUCUGUUACGUCGCCGGAUGUCCGGACUGGCAGGUGGGCUGAUGGGGAUUGGUGAGGGAGCGAGGACGCCGUGA